AUGGCGUUGAGUAUUUCCAACAAGUCUGUAGAUGAUACGACCAUUUACUACAUAGAUUUUAAUCAAGACUACACAUCACUUUGCAUCGGCACACGUUCCGGUUAUAGCCUCCUUUCCACUGAAAAUGACCAAGUUACCGAAACCUACACUAUCAAUGGUGAACCAAUGUAUCUUGUUGGACGUUUAUUUACUAGCAAUCUCGUUACCCUUGUUUCUGCAGUUGAUCCUCGUAGAUUACUUAUAUUCCAUUCUCGUAGGGAUUCACUUAUCUGUGAUUAUCGAUACUCUAGCACCAUUCUCGCCGUUAAAAUGAAUCGCCAACGGCUGAUUGUCUGCGUAGAGGAUGAGAUAUUCAUUCACAACAUUCGUGAUAUGGAGUUGUUGCAUCGCAUAGAAAAUACGCCGCUAAAUAAAUAUGGAGUGAUUGCUUUCUCCUCUCGAUCUGAAAAAUGCCUUCUAGCUUAUCCAGGGGUUUACAAAACCGGCACGGUCUACAUCUUUGAUGCCAUUAAAUUCUCGAACGUCACUUCCAUUGCUGCUCACGACGGACCUCUAGCAGUCUUGGCAUUCAACACAUCUUCCACUCUCCUCGCCACUGCCUCAGAACGUGGAACUGUUGUUCGAGUCUUCACCAUUCCUGAAGGAGAGAGGGUGAUGGAAUUCCGUCGUGGUAUUGCUCGGUAUGUUACAGUGUGCUCACUGAAUUUUUCUGCCGAUGAUCGGUUCUUAGUAUGUGCUAGCAACACCGAGACAGUUCAUAUUUUCAAGCUCCAUAAACCUGGAUCUGCUUCACCUGGCUUGCCUGAAGAAGGUAGUACAUCCAGCGGACUUGAUACCGCUUCACAACUCACUGAGGAAUCAGCUUCAUCUGCAAGCUGGACGGGAACCGUCAUGAAUUGGGUCGGUGGGGCAUUGAAAACAGGAGCUUCGUACCUUCCAAACCCUGUGGCCGAGGUCUUCACACAGGAUCGAUCUUUCGCUUUUGCUAGAAUUCCUCCCGGCUCUAGGACAGUCUCUCAGGCAUCUGCCAACAUUCCUCAACAUGGCGACGGUGAUCAUUUAAGUGAAGGACCUGGAAGUGGCUGCAAGAAAACUGCGGCUAUUAUUUGUAACGGCGAUCGCUAUCGACUCUUAGUCGCUUCACUAGAUGGCUACAUCUAUACCUUCAAUUUUGAUCCGAUUCACGGUGGUGAAGCCACACUAAUUAGCGCUCAAACAAUAAUAUCACCGAAUGGGAAUGGAAUUGUCACUCCAACUCACCAACCCAACCAACGAGCACCUCGAAGCUGUACUGAUACUGCAUCCCCAGAUUCCGACACUCACACAACUCAAUCAUCAUCACCUCAAAGCAACAACGUCGGGCCGAAUCAGUAA